UUCAAUUAGUGCCGUCGGAUUCUGUCUUUAGAAAAUUUAUUGUGGUUGCAAUUUACUGUCAGCAAAUUUUAACUCAAUUUGUAGAAAAGCAUAUUUUAGAUCCUGUGUAUAUUAUAUUUUACUAUUGUGUGUAUUUGGGGGAUUUUGUUUAGUAUCAUUUCAUUUACACAGUACAAGUGUAGACGGAUCCAGUUUUUAUUUUUUGUUUUAUAAGUGUGAAUGUGUGAUUCUCCGGAGUUGUCUAGUGUUAUUUCAUGUUUAAAGGAGUAGACGUUUCUGCAGUAUAUUUUAUGUUUAUUGUAUUUUAGUGUGGAUGUUCAUUUUCUUAUUUCAUUCCGGGGUGUGACUCGGGAAGAAAGAGUGGUUUAUUUGUAGUUGAUUUUAAAAUAAAUUGAAAUUGAGAAUUGAUUUCGGUGAAUUUAUUACCAGAAGAGAUUGUUUCAUAUUUAACAGAUUCUAAAAUAAGGGAGAGAAAACUGUGAACUUCUCAGCUCGUAGCGUAAUUUAGUUUCACUUUAGAAGUUGUGCUCUUAUUCUGUUGUUUGUCCGCUACGGGGCUGUAGUUUUACUUUCAUUUUGGAAAAAUAAAAUUGAAGUAGUUAUAUAUUAUAGAGUAUCCGUGGUAAAAAGGCGUGCGGAAGAUAGAUAAACCCAGUCCGAGAUAGACAAGAGACAUAAAGUAUUGAAGUGUAAAAGAUUCAAACGGUUACUUAUAUCUAAUAGUUUUGAUUGCAGUAUUGGGACAGGGCUUAAUAAAACUAAACCGACCCUGUUUAAAACUCAGCCGUGGUUAUCAUACAAGUAUACGGUGCAUGUGAAUUGAUUGAGACGCCUAGUGGAUAAAUUGUUUCGAGCUCUAAUAAAGAAUAUUGUAACUUUCAGGAAGACGGUAGAGAAUUAGUGAGAUCAGUAAGAGAUAGAGGAGUGCUGGUUGUUUUAUGGAAAUUGCCAUUUGAACGAGUGACAAGAAAUAAAUACUAUUGAUGUGAAUAUUAUUUUCAAUUUUAACAAGUGUUGAAUGUCAUUACAUUUCUAUCCUGACGAAGUUUAUUGGUAGUUUCUAAUUUUAACAAGUAGUAAAAUAUUAUUGUAUUCUUUAUUUUUGAUAGAUUAUACUUUUGACUUUAACCAGUAUUACAUAAUAUUACAUUUCUAAUUUGGAUAAAUUCUAUUUUUAACUAAAAAGAGUAUUACAUAUUAUUACAUUUUAAUUGUGACAAAUUUUGUUUUAAUUUUAACAAGUCUUAAAUAUCAUUACAUUUCUUGUGAGCUUUGACCGAUUUUAAAUUUCAAAUUGGACAGGUAUUAUAUAAUGAAUGUAGUUUGAAUUUUGACAAGAAUUACAUAUUACUGGAUUGAAUUCGCUUUAAGUUUUGACAACGCCUUGAAUCCUCUUUAACCGUCAUCGACUGAAGAGUUGAAUAUUAUUAUAUUUUAAUUUCAAAAAGAAGUUAACAUUACUGAAUUUUAUUGUCUGGCAAGUAUUAAAUAUUAUUAAAGUGAACUUUAAUUUUGAUAAAGAGGUGAUUAUUAUUAAUUUGACUAAGAAAACACAGAAAAUAAUUUUGUGAGAGUCUUUUGUGUAUUUACAGAAGGACUGGCAUCAAAUAACAUUGAAAGGAAGAAUAAACAACACAUUCAGGGUAAGAACUACUUCAGUGGGAAAAUAAAAUGAAAACUCUUAAGGAACGAUGGGAGAACAAAGAUAGGGAGAAGAAAAUUCAGAAAUUAAAAGAAAUAUAUGAGGAUUGGAAGCAAACGAAAAGAUAUGAAAAAAAAAAGGUUAAGUCUGAAAGAAAUUAGAAUAGGAAGGAGAUGCAAACUGCAACUUUCUGAGAAAGAAUGUACAGGAAGCAGGGUUUGUGUGUAAGAAGAAACAUGAGAGGAAAUGAAGAGAUGCGAAGCUAAGGAGAAAGAGAGAGAGACAGCUCAGCUGAUGAGACAACAUAAAGAGCUGGCUGUGCAGGGAGAACAGUGUAGUACAGGAAAGGACAUUUCAGCACAAAGCACCCCAGGAGAAACAUUGAGCAGCAGAUUUAUAACAGUGGAUGAGACUGGGAGUCAGAUAGAGGUUGAAAAUCAGGGAACAUAUCCAGUGGAAAUCAGAGGAGAAAUGAAGAUGAGUAAGAGGAUGAGAGAGGAGAGCAGAUAUAACUCCAGUAUAAAGACACCAAAGAAAGAACAGGAAAGAGAAGAACAGGAAUAUAGGGAACUAGGUCUCAUUCGAGGGAUACCAAAUAUGUGCCCACUAGUGGACACAAAUGGAAACCCAGAAUAAAAACCAUGGUCAUUCACAGACAUGGGAGCUAUCCUUGCAAAGUUACCUCAUAUCACGAGUGGAGGGGGUAAAUGGAUAGGGAAGGUAAUAACUUUGACGCAGGGCCAUACGUUGGCGAUAGGAGACCUGAGGGCAUUAUUGGGACAGGUACUGACUGUAGGACAGAUCACGGAAAUUGAGCAAGAGGCAGGAACGGUUGGGAUAUAUGAUGACCACCCAUAUUGUCAAGUGGCAUCAGUUUGGGGAAAGGCCCUGCGAAAGCUGUACCCAGCGCCAGCAGGCACUCUUUAUAAUAUCAAAUUUUCUCCAAAAGGGGAAGAAACAGCAGCAGCAUACCUGAGUCGAUGCAAAGGAGAAUGGGAAGAGCACACUGGGGCUCAUCCACAUGCAGACAAAAUAAACGAACAAAUGUUCAGAGCUGCUGUAUUGGAAGGAACUCCUAAAUCUGUACAAGAUGAAAUAAAAGCCAACCCCGAUUUACCAGGUGCUGUAUGUGAGGUUUGGGAACGACAUUUCCUUCAUCACAUGUCAAGGGCGAACGAAAAAGAAAAAGAAAAAGUAGGGGAAGUAGAGGAAUUGAAAAAACAGUUGCUAAAAUUACAGUUGCAUGAGGCCAGAUCUAAAAUAAAUGAAGAAAAAGGGAAAAAGAAGGAUAAACAAAUGGUAGUUCAGGAAAUGAAAACCCCUCCAAGAUACAACAAAGAACAGGAAGCUGACCCAUCAAAUGUAGAAUGGGAAAGAACCACCCAAAGACCAAUAUACUACUCCAAUAGAGGUAGGGGUGGGGAUUACAAUAGGGGGAGGGGAAGAGUACAGUAUCAAGAAGGGUGUUUCCGUUGUGGUCGUCCGGGACACUUCGUCCGUGAUUGUCGGAAACCUGAACUCGGAGCCCAACAGAGACCAUCUCGGGGCAGAGGCCAUAACCCACACAUGGCCCCUAACAUGGAAAAAGCACCACGACCACACUCCCAGUACCCUUUGUCCACUGGAGGGGAAAGGGAGUGGUACUGAGACAGCCCACGGAACGACCUCAGCAGGGUUAGGGCGGAACCCUUGCUGACUUUGGAGGUGAACUCACGUCCUGUUGAAUUCCUGGUGGAUACUGGGGCAACAUAUUCCACAAUGAACUAUGAACUUCCAAAAAAUCUUAUUUCAGACGAAACCACUGAAGUAAGGGGGUUUUCCGGGGCUAUAACUAGACUGCCAUUCUCCAAAGAACUCACAGUGCAGUGCAUGAAAAAACAAUCACUGACUCACUCUUUUCUGCUGUCAUAUUCCUCACCAACAAAUUUGUUGGGAAGAGACUUGCUAGUGAAACUUGGAGCUGAAAUCCUAUGCAGCCCGGAGGGGAUUAUAGUAACUAUGAAAAAUGGUAUCACCAUGAACUGUUCCAUCAUGACCACAAUGAGAACGCAUGGACAAUGGUUACUUUCUGCAAACACCUCUCCACAGGGAGCUGACAUUUACUGGGGGAGGGUGCUUCUGGGGGACACAAGGGACACCCUGAAUGAUCUGUACUGUCAAUGGGAACCUUGGAUAUUAUCAUUAGCACCAUACACUCAGCUAAUAGAUCCAUUGCAUGUCACUUUGUUUUAUGAUAGAACACAAGAGUACUGGUACCAAGAACAAUUUGAUAACAUCGCAGGAGAACAAUGGGAAAUUUGUGGGGCAGGAAUAAUGAUAGGCAAAGAGGGAGUGGCAGCUAUAGUAGAACUUACCCCCGAACAGGAACAAUGGUAUAGAAUGAGGGAAGAGGCAUCACCCCAUAUAUCAUUAUUAGUACAUCCCCAACACCAAGCUAAAGAUCUAGGACCAAUGGUAAAGAAGGGAAUAAAUUUAACAGAUUGGAGGGAAACCAAACUUCCUGGUGUAAAAUAUUAACCUAGCUCAGAGUAUUAUUUGAUCACACAAGAAACAAAAGACAAUGUAGUGUUGGAACACAAAUGGCUCUCAAGAUGGCAUGGUAGGGAUAAAAGUGAUCAUGAAAAUGAUGAAACAAUGUUGAGAAGUUUGCCCGAUCAGUUAUGAACACAGAAUCCCACAGAUGUAGGGUUUUGUAAAAAUUUCCCAGAAAUAUCGUUCGAGCUGACAUGUGAUGAUCCAAUUUUGGAGGCCUCAAUAAAAGCACAAACCAAAGGCAGAGGAAGGUAUCAAAGGUACCAUUGAAGGUUUGUUAACCGCAGGGGUUUUAGAGUAUGCUGAUUCCAAUUGGAACACACCCAUUCUGCCUGUGGAAAAACAAAACACAGGAAAAUUCAGAAUGGCACACGAUUUGAGAACAAUCAAUCAAAUCAUUAAAACUCCAACUUUACCUGUUCCAAACCCAUACACUUCUCUGAAUUAAAUCACUCAAAAUCAAUCAUGGUAUAAUUGCAUCGAUCUCACUAAUGAUUUCUUCUGUUUACCUCUCGCAGAGCACGUAAGGGACAUUGUUUGACCGUACUCACCGCGCACUCUGUGGUAACUUAUGUUAAUUAAUCAUCAUUUAUAAUUUCCACUCUGAGACAAAGACGGUUGGAAAACAGUCUGCACAACUAAAUUUGGUUUUCACACAUGAGGGCAUAAACAUGGCCUCAUAUUGGACAGAAGGAGAACCCCAUGACUGUUGUAUGACCGUGGAAAGGGAAGAGAAAAUUAGACCAGAUUUGUUGACACACAUCAUUACGGAGGGAGUUAUGGUGUUUUCAGAUGGAUGUUUUUUCAGAGAUUCGAGUGGAACACUGAGGUCAGGAAUAGGUAUUGCAGCACUGGAAGAGGAAGAGAUUCAAAUAUUGAGAGCAGAACCUUUACAGGGACAUCAGUCAGCUCAGAGAGCAUAAAUUGUGGCAAUGACAAAGGCUUUGGAGUGGGGAGAGGGAAAAUAAUUAACAUUUUUAGUGCCUAUGAAGUGGGUGCAGUAGUAACAGAAUUACCUAAGUGAAAAAGAUGUGUUUUUAUGGCAGCUAACAACAUAACUAUUAAACAUCAGGAAGAAAUCAUAGCAUUAGCAGCAGCUAUUUUGAGACCGAAGUAGGUGGCGAUCAUAAAGUGCAAAGGUAAUGAUAACAGUAACUCAGAUGCGGCACAAGGUAACCGGAUAGCGGACAUGGCAGUAAAGAUAGGUGCAGAGUACGUAACACAGAUGGUAUUGCAGAAUGCCACACAAGAAUGUACCACCGACAUUUUGCAUGAUCCAAACAUAGCAGUAGAACAAGAUAAAGCAUGAGGAAAAAUCCAUGUGGCUCCAAAAAGGAGCUGCAUGGACGCAAACUGGCUGGGUAGGGCAUGACGGUAGACCCGUAACUCUGCCCAGCAUGGUAAAACCCCUUCUCACUCAAGCACACACCCCCUCACAUGUUGGAAUCAAACAACCCGUGUCCAAUCUUAACCAGUGGUGGCACCCAUACCUGGCUGCUACAGUUAAAGAAUUUAUCGCUAACUGCAGGGUAUGCUCCAUACACAAUGUACGUGCUGGAGUGAAAUGUGCCCCAGGUGUCUUCCCGCCACGGGGACCUGGUGAGGAAGUGGUUAUCGAUUACACAGACAUGGGGGACAGAGUGGAAGGUAAACGGUAUCUUUUGGUUUUCGUGGAUGUGUUUUCAGGUUGGCCAGAGGCGUGGCCCACGGGGAAGGAAGAUUUGAUUUCGGUGAUUAAGUGUUUGAUUAACCAAUAAAUUCCGCGUCACGGUUUUCCACGAAUUAUUCGCUCAGACAACGGUACACAUUUUAAGAAUAAAGAUUUGCAAAAGGUUGAGAGUGCACUGGGAUUGUGCUUCCGUUUCGGUACCGUAUAACAUCCUCAAUCACAGGAAAAAGUUAAACGCAUGAAUCUUAACCGCAUGACCUCAUUUACACCAUUUGAACUUCUGAUGGUAGUUCAUUUCCUGGUCCGUUCAACCCAGUGCACCCUGAACAAAUAAAAAUCUCGAUCACAGAACAUAAUUAACCAAACUGAAUGAAAUUGUUUCAAGUUUUUCCAAACAGAAAACCAUCUCUCGUGCAUAUCCAGAUGCAGAAAUCACUCUAUUGGAGGAUUGGGUGCUCCUAAGGGAUAUGGUAAGAUUGGACCUGCAGGAACUGCAGGUCCAAAAGGGGGAAUCCAACACAGGGGAACAACAGCAGGUUGACAUUUCCCAAAAGAACACAAAAGUUACACUCAAAGAACUAAAGGGGGAUUAUUCAACAGUCCAGAACAUAAAGCAUUAGCUCACUGCAUGAGCAAAGAUUGUGCAUUUGGAAAAGGAAUAGCAUUGGAAUUCAGAAAAAGAUAUGGAGUAGACAAAGUAGUUUGACAACGGAAAAUAGUGGGACAGUGCGCGGUAACACAGGAAGGGCAAAAAGAACAAUUUUUCAAAAGAGAAAGCCAAAGAUUUGCCAAAAUACGACACAUUGAGACAGGCAAUAAAAGAACUAAUAAAUAAACAUGUGAAGAACAAAGGGUAAAAAAGUUGGCUAUACUCAGGAUUGGGUGUGGUCUGGAUAGAUUAGAGUGGGAAAAAGUAAGGGAUUUAAUCAAAGAAGAGUUCAAAAACACUGAAAUAACCAUUACUGUGUAUGUAAGGGAAUAAUAAGUGGAAAAAAAGGGAGAUUGUGAUUGUGAAGUAUUUUACUAUUUUUCAAAUAUUUUACAUUUUAUUUUUGGAUUUUUAAAAUAUUUUACAGUUUCUAUUUCAUGAUUAUCAAAUAUUUGACACUUUUCUAUUUUCAGAUUUUAAAGAUUUUACAUUUGAAUAUUUUACAACUUCCAAGUAUUUUACAGUUUACUAUUUUUGGUGAUUUUUAAAGGUGUUACAUUUUACCAUUUUCAUGAGUUUCAAGUAUUUCACAUGUGACUAUUUUUUGAGAAUUUCAAAGAUUUUACAUUUUUCUACAUAUUGUGAUUUUCAAGGGUUUUCCAGUUUACAAUAUUUUAUGAUUUUCAAAGGACUUACAUUUUAAUAUAUCCUUUUGUGAGCAUCUUUGAAAAUAUUUGAUAAAAUUCUACAAUUUUCAUAUAUCCUUUCAGGAGUAUUUUUUAAUAAUAUUGUUUUACAUGUUUAUGGAUUAUUUUACAAAGGCAUUUUGAAGACAUUUUACAAUUAUCUUGAAUUAAAAUAUAUUGUGGUAUAGAUUUGUAGGCUUAUCAGUUUACUUUUAACGUGUGUGUUUUGAAAUUAUUUUACAUCCAGUUUGACUAUAUUUUACAGCCUUCAUCUAUAUUUUUAUAAAUGUUUUAUAAUUCUUUUAUUUCUGGGAUAUAUAACAUUUUUAUUACGUGACAGUUUUUAGAGGAAUAUUUACUAUAUUUUGGUUAUAUUUGACAGUGUGUGGAGGAUAUAAUUUUGCUGUAUUUUACAGGACGUUUAUAAUAAAUGUUCACCAAAUUUGUAUAUUUGAAUAUUUUCAAGCCGAGAUAAGAUUUACACGAAAUCAUAUAUUUGUGGUAGUGCCUGUUUAGAAAUAAAUAAAUAAACAAAUAAAUAAAGUGACAAAAAUUCAGGGAUUAAGAACCCAUGUAAUAGCUGGAUGACAAAAUGGUUUGGGCAAUACAGCGCACUGAUAACCUCAUUGAUAAUGUCUAUUGCGGUGGCGGCAGCAAUAAUAGUAAACUGUGGAUGUUGUUGUAUGCCAUGUAUCAGAUCUUUGUGUAACAGGUGUAUCGUGAAGACGGUGGAGGGAAAGGAUCCUCCACCGUAUCAGAUGCCACUGCUGGGAGGAGGAAGUACCAAAGGAGGAGGAUGAACCAGUGGUUGAUCUCCUGUAAAGGAGAUCAAAAGGGGGAAUGAAGGAAAAUGAGAACAUUUCCCACAUCAGUAUAUCCUUUCAUUAUUAAUAAUUGCAUUGCUUCUAAUAUUAUAAAGCAGUUAUGAGUAUUAAUAUUUAGCAGUUUAUCACAUAGUAUUGAAAUCAGUUAUGUUUAUGAUCGGUCUUAUUUGUUGUGCAUGAUCAAAGCUUAUAUAUGAAUCCAUUGCAUUUGACUCUAAAAGGUCAUGUCUGCAGAAUUUUGGAGGCUUGCAGUCUUGUGUGGUAUGUAUGUAUGUGUGUUUUUUAACUUUUGCUUUGCAGAGACACCUGGGGAGAAAAACAGGAUGUCGGGGCGACAGGGUGAACUAAAGGUCAAUGUUGUUUAUAGCAGCAUGAACUUCUGAGACAGAAGUAAAACUUUCCAUCGAACGGGCCCCCACCCAACUACACAUAUAUAUUUUUGGGUCAGAGGGAGAGGCAGAUCAGAUCAACCGCUCCUCGGGGGACCUGUUUCUGCAUUGGUGUUGUGUAAAGAUAGGGACAGUUUUGACCCAGAGCUCUGUAAUACUUCAUUUGAGAUACUUAUUAAAAAUAAUUUGAUUUGA